CGGUGGCACGCGCCGUGGCUGUUCUUUGGAAUGUGAUUACUGCGUCCAUUUGCCAAUUUUCCACAGCGCAGCACAUCCCCAUGAAGCGGUCCGCCUCGACCUGUAUCAAGCGCAGCAUUAGCUGCGUCGACCUGCCUGCCCUCGAGGUCGACAACGAGCUCCACCCGCGCAAGCGCAUCUCACAGAUCCGUCACCGCAGCCUCUCAGCCGCCGACCUGGCCCGGAAAGCGCGCCUCGACGAAUGGAUCGCCGAGCUCUACGACACGCCGCAGCCCCAAGACGAACUCGCGAGCUUGCUCACGUGCCCAUCUACGACAAGCUUUGACGUCAACGCCAAAAGCAAGGACUUUAACGCGGGCAUGCAGCUGGAGCUCCUCGACUUCUGGCAGCACUCGUGGCUGCACGACACGACGGUCGACGAAGCCCCGCGCCUCUGUUAAGCACGGCUCCUGCCCUAUUUAUUCCUCUCGUUUACUUAUUUUAACCCCAAUUAUUCAUCCAAACUGAUCAACGCCAA